AUGUUGUCAUUCCAGCUGGGAAGGAUGAGUUCUUGCAGCAACAUCUGUGGCACCAAGCAAGCACAGGCCGCUCCUGAGGGCGGGCACCAGCGCUACGGAGUCCGGUCCUACCUGCACCAGUUUUAUGAGGACUGUACCACCUCGAUCUGGGAGUAUGAGGAUGAUUUCCAGAUCCAGAGAUCACCUAACAGGUGGAGCUCAGUAUUCUGGAAGGUCGGACUCAUCUCCGGCACGGUCUUCGUGAUCCUUGGACUGACUGUCCUGGCGGCGGGCUUUCUCGUGCCCCCCAAGAUCGAAGCCUUCGGGGAAGCCGAUUUUGUGGUGGUCGACACCCAUGCCGUCCAGUUUAACAGCGCUCUUGACGUGUGCAAGCUGGCGGGGGCCGUUCUCUUCUGCCUCGGGGGCACGUCCAUGGCAGGGUGCCUGCUGAUGUCGGUGUUCGCCAAGAGCUACUCCCAAGAAGAAAAGUUCCUCCAGCAGAAGUUUAAAGAGCGAAUUGCAGACAUCAAGGCCCACGCCCAGCCCAUCACAAAAGCUCCGGGCCCGGGGGAAACCAAGAUUCCGGUCACUUUGUCCAGGGUUCAAAAUGUGCAGCCUGUAGCGGCAACCUGA